UUUUUAACAUAUCCCAUCAGCUGGGUUUAGUUGAUGAGAAGUGUAGCUAAAACACAUUAUGAUCUCACUGAUAUGUUUUUGUUUAAAUGAAAUGAUUGCAUGCAUUCUAACUGCGGACUAUUUGUUUAAAAACAUAUUUUGCGUGCUUGCUUCAUGGUGAUGUAAUAUGGAGCCCUUUAUAUGAUGGCAUCAUGAGAAGUUUCAUUACACCAAUGCAUAAUGCAUAUUUUGAGUGGACACUUGCACCUAUCCAUGAGAAACUUUGCAUUUUCAGUGAGGGCUCUUUGAGGAAAUUGGAUAGUGUUUCUCAUUUGAAGAGUUGAAUUACAUGUUCUGUAUCUGUCUUCAUAAUGAUCUCAGGUGGAAUCAACAAUAGAACACAUCUGUCGUCAUGAAAGUGAUGGAGCCAUUCUUGUAUUCCUCACUGGUUGGGAUGACAUUUCUAAGCUACUUGAAAAAAAUUAAAGCACACAGUUUACUUAGAGAUCCCAGCAAGUUUCUUGUUCUUCCUCUUCAUGGUUCAAUGCCUACCAUCAAUCAAUGUGAAAUAUUUGAUCGCCCACAUGCCAAUGUGAGGGGGAUGAUGGUUGAAUUUGCAAAGAAUGUGGCUGAUUUUGCUACUGCUAGUGGAAAAAAGCACAUUGUUGUGCUUUCUAGCUUAGAUUUUGGACGAUGGCAAACAAUUGAUAUGUCAAGAUAUUUUUCGAGUAGGAGUUUGCUUCUUGUGGAAUGCAUGUCUGUGAAAAAUGUGACUAACUUAUGUUUUUGUUACUCACGGAGAAUGAUGAGCAAAACUUGUAAGUUUGGUUUAUGUUAUUUUGAAUUAUGAACAACAUUAUGUAUUUAAACAUUAUAUAUGUAUUAUGGAACAUUAUGUAGGGGGGUAA